CGUUUUCAUCGGUGACGGGCGAAAUGGAAAAGCGCAUGUUUCCUGAGAGACGAAAGCAGUUGCUGGAGUUAGACUACCAACUGUCGACAAACCAGUUUGCGAGAUCGUUGGGUGAUGAUGGUCGCAGCACAGAUUACUUACACCUGUAACUUCAUGGUGGACGCUGGGCCCAGUUAUCCGCAGAUUCCGGCUGGCCAAUGGACUGUCACCCUGACCAUUGACGAAGGGACUACAGCUUAUGAACCAGAAAUCUCCGUUAUAGCGGAUGUCCGACCGAAAGAAAAGCUGACAUCGCCUACGGCAGUGUCCGUCCACUGCAAAGUGGGAACUCGGAAGAGUGCGUAUGACCAUCUCAUACGCAUCGGUCCCGCCGGAGCAACGAAGACGCCGAAAAGGUCCAGUCCGGAAAAUCUGACGGAUCUGGUGGAAGGCUUUAUGCUGUCGCACAGUGAUGGUGCCCGGUAUCAACAUGAGCUAAAAUCUGACCGGACCGUCCACAUCCACUUAGGGUUUUUCAUUCCGUCCAACGCCACCACCACCCGGGCGGAUAUGCAGCGUCUGCGCGAUCCGCCGUCUCUAUGCGAUGGCGUCCUCGAGUGUGGUGGCCAGGAGUUCCCGAUCCAUCGCGCUCUGCUGGCCAACCACUCUCCAGUCUUGGCCACCCGCUUCCAGAACGCGUUGGACGUAGGGCUGUUCAGCGCGAUAAAAGUGGACGAUGUCAGCGCGGAGACCUUGGCCGCCAUGAUCCAGUUUGUGUACACCCGGGAGGAAGUGACGGCCGACGUAAGCGGCGGUCUGUGGGAAUUGUAUUCCGCGGCUGGCCGGUACGGGAUUGCCGAGCUGCGCCGGGAGUGUCUGCGCGUGAUGAAGGAAAGCGGGACGGGCUUUCCGGUGUUCUGUUUUUCCGGUGUGCCCACAGCUGCCGAAAAGCAAAGGGUUAUCGCCGCCGUGACGUCGCUCGGUGGCAGAUACAUCGAUUCCGUCAAGUAUGAGACAGGUUGUACACACCUGUUGAUCAAAGUCCUGACGCGCAAUGAGAAGUUUCUUGCUUAUACGGCAGCCGGCAAAUGGAUCCUGGACAUGCAGUACAUUCACGAUUCUCUUACUGCAGGACACUUUCUUCCGGAGGAAAUGUACGAAUGGGGCAAUGUGGAGAAGGCCUGCAUCAACACGGCGGCCCAAGAAGACGAUCUGGCUAUGGCGGCUUACCGCUGGCGUCGGCGUGUCCAGCGAACCCGUCAGGGCGCUUUUGCCGACUGGAAAGUUGUCCUGGUAGCCGACGCCAACCGUGUCAAGGGCUACGCUCGCGUCCUGCAAGCCGGCGGCGCCACCGUCUUAACUGACAGACCACCGUAUUCUCCAUUCGUCAACACGGCCACGCACCUGUUGCGAGAAUCCAAAGGUCCCACGAUGAACGCGGCGGAAUAUGCCAGUUAUCAAGCGGCCGGCGUGUCCUGUCAUGCGAUGGACUAUCUAGCGCAUUAUUUGUGUUUGUCCCACGCGGGCGCUGCCAAAGCCGCCAAGAGUCGACCGGCUCCACAGGAAGAGGAGGAAGCGCCGAAUGCCAAACAAAUGCGCCGAUAGACAACCGGUUUUUGCUCGGUCCGGUUAAUUUUUGAUACCGUUUUUU